AUUAAUCAAACCAUGCCCUUUUCUAGUUUGCCCCGCCCAUUUUUAAGUAAAGAAGGAGGCAAGCAGAGAGGAAAGGAAUGCCUGCAGUUGUUUCAAAGCUAGCCAGUAACCCUCGGGCUGUGGUUGCAUUAGCCACUACCAUUGCUGGGCUAGGCCUCUAUGUAUCCGUUAGGAGGAAAAUAGCUUCGAGGAGGAAAGAUGAAGAAGCAUACAUUGCAGCAACACAGGAUAAAGUUGGUGAUAAAAGGAAAGGAGACAGAGCGGCUGUUGAUUGGGAGUUUAUCAAACGAAUCGUUAGGCUGUUCAGGAUCCUAGUCCCCAGGGUUUUAUGUCCCGAGACUGGGUACCUCAUUAUGGUCGCUAUCAUGUUAGUACUAAGGACUUACGCUGAUGUCUGGAUGAUUCAGAAUGGAACUUCUGUUGAAGGCUCUAUAAUUGGUCGCAAUUUUUCUCCCUCUCUCUCUCCCUCUCAGGAUGUUGAGAAGUUCUGUUCUACAGUGACGGAGUUAUAUUCCAACAUUAGCAAACCAAUACUAGACAUAUGCCUUUAUUUCUAUCAGUUGUCCAGCAGCAUAGGAGCACAAGGACCUCUCGUCAUGUUACUGUAUCUCGCAUUCGCUGGUCUCUUCUUAACAAGGUUGAGAGCCCCUGUUGGUAGAAUGACAGUCAAGGAGCAGCAGUUGGAGGGAACUCUACGUUACGUCAACUCACGUGUCAUCACAAACAGCGAGGAGAUAUCGUUUUAUCAAGGGAAUAACAGGGAGAGAUUGACUAUUGAGGAAACAUUUAAACAUUUGGUGAAGCAUCUUCGUAGUGUCAUUCACUUUCGGUUUGCUAUGGGUUUCAUCGACAAUCUCACUGCUAAAUAUUUUGCUACUGUUGUUGGUUACAUGGUUGUCAGUCGUCCUUUCCUCAAUCUCUCUCACCCGAGACACUUGAGUAGCACUCAUCACCAGAUAAUGCUGGUAGGGAGGAUCAUGUGA